AUUCACUUAUCAUUAUCUCUCUUCUCUCCUUCUCCGGCGAAGGCGGAGAUGACAACGACGAAGACGACGACGACGGUCGCUGUUAAGAGCGUGUGGGGCACGUGGGAGGAGCUCAUCCUCGGAGGCGCUGUUCUCCGACACGGUCCACAAUCCUGGGACCUCGUUUCUUCCGAACUUCGUUCUCGAACCGUUUCUCCUUUCAACUUUACGCCCGAGGCUUGCAAGGCUAAGUAUGAUGACUUGCAAAAACAGUAUGAUGGAUGCACAACUUUGCUUGAAGAACUAAGAAAGAGACGAGUGACACAGUUGAAGCAGGAGUUAGAGGAAUCCGAAGGCUCAAUUUGUUCACUUGAGUUAAAACUUCAAUGUCUGAAGUCUGAGAAAGGGGAUUCCAACCAUAGCCAGGUUCACUACAGUUCUUGUGAGACCAAUUCACUUGUCGUCGUACCUUUGCUGAAAUCGGAGCAUAUAGAAUCAUCUGUCAAAGAGGCAUCUAAUGAAGUCUUAUCAACUAGUAGUUUCAGUCGGGAUAUAAAGAAAGACUUGGAAUUCACCGAGCAAAACAAAUCUCUUAAAACACUUCAAAAGAGGAGGGGUAAGAGAAAAAGGAGGGAAAUUUGCGACGAUAAUGCCAGAGAUUCAGUUGUCAAUAGUAAAAUUCCUAAUGGGAAAGAAAUGCCUGUAAAAAGUAACUCUAUUAAUGACAGUGAAAACUUGGCCUCAACAACGGCUAGCUCUAUGACCUCCGGAAGAAACAAAGUUGAGUCCAAACACGACGACUUACUUGCAACUUUUGACUCCAUUGCCCUUAACAAACAUGGGAAGGUCUUCCAACACCGGCUCGACACUCAAAAAACAUCAAGAUACAGAAGGACUAUAAGACAGCAUAUGGAUUUCGACACGAUAAAAGCAAGGCUAGCCGGCUCUUCCAUUCUAUCAAUGGAAAAGCUCUUUCGAGACAUGCUCUUGGUAGCCAACAAUGCUAUAGCUUAUUAUUCAAGAAAGAUGCCAGAGUAUAAUAGUGCGGUUUUGCUUAGAGAAAUGAUAACCGAAGCUUAUGAGCAGCAUUUAAUAAACAAUAGCACAAGCAACAACAUCUCAUCAUCCUCAAUGGAGUUAUUUCCCUCCUCAAUAUAUAACCCACCAGUGAGACCACGCAGUUCUCGUCCUCGCAAUCCAAGAGUGCUGAACCAAGCGCCCAAUUUCAAUAGUUUUUUUGGGAUAACAGCCCGAAGAGAUGAAAAAACUAGUAAUAACAAUGUUGACAUUGUUGAUAAAACUGAUGAAAGACGUGAAAGGCUGAAGAUUGCUGGAAGAAGUGCGCAAAGUUGCAAAAAGGUUGGUAAGUCGACAUCAUCUCUUAGCCAAAAUUGUAGAAAAGUUAACCAAUCUGGUUCGACGAAGAAACUCGGGGAAACGCUUAAAAAGAUGGUAAGGAAAAAGUGAGAUAUAUUUGACUUGGUUUCUUAGUAUUCUUUUUUACAUAGUUUUUUCUUUUAGUUUCUCAUAUUGACAAUAGGACUGUAGAUAAAGUUUCAGAUUUUGAUAAUACUUUGUGAGUAUUGUUAUUAGAAUAUGAGGCAAAACCAACUUAUGCUGUGAAUAUGACAUGAGAAAAGGCUUUCAUUUCUUAUGU